GAGGAGAAGCCUGUGCUGGGCAAACUGACAGUGUCAGACGUGUCGUGGGACAGCUUCCUGGUGUCCUGGGUCACUGAGGAGGGAGCCUUUGAUGGCUUUGUGGUUGAGGUGACAGACGCAGAGGCAGGGGUAGAUUGGCAGAACCACACCCUGCAAGAUGCAGCCCAGAGCCUGGGCAUCGUAGGCCUCUCUCCGGCCACCUGGUACAAUGUCAGCCUGUAUGGGCUGUUCAAGGGGGCCCUGUUAGGGCCUGUCUAUGCAGACACCAUCACAGGUAUCACCACUCACUUAGUAAAUCCUCUGUCUGUCUGACUAAAUAUUUUAAUUAACAUCACAAUCUUUCUCUCCAUUGUCUUGGAAGAGGCUUGUUCCAAUCCAUGGGUAUCAUGGUGUCAUGCUUUAUACUGUAGUGUACACCCUAUUAUCAAUUUUACACCAAUAUAACUUUACGUAUCUGUUUUUACACCAAUAUAACUUUACUUAUCUGUUUUUACACCAAUAUAACUUUACGUAUCUGUUUUUACACCAAUAUAACUUUACUUAUCUGUUUUUACACCAAUAGAACUUUACGUAUCUGUUUUUACACCAAUAGGAACUUUACUUAUCUGUUUUUACACCAACAGCACUUUACCUCUGAUCUCUUCAUACAAUAAGUUAAGUGUCUAAUAGUGAUAACUUACCAGUCCAGCCACUGCGGAAGUUCUUUGCUCAUUAGUCAUUUCCACCAUACAAAACCCCCAGCCUGUUUUAACCUCUUGCCAUUCAAAUGCCUCAAUCAUCAUCACCGAGCAACACCACCUCACCAAUUAUGUGGGUUUCCCUCACUUUGAUGCAGUGACUGUAAAAUAUAUUUUAGAAUCCAACCGUCCACAGUAUCAAACCACCCCACCCAGACAAAACCCAUUCAGUUGACAUGAGGCCUGACCUGGCCUGCAGUGGAUCCACCUUUGAGCCACCCUAAGCAGACUAUUUGCCUGUCAGGACGUGCCAUGAGAGAAAAAACACUUGGAGAAUUUCUGAGCUGUCAGCCGGCCCACGUGUUGUGAUCUGUACCCUGGGUAGUGACUGACUGACUGACAGCAGAGACCCAACAGGUGCAUUGAUUCAUCCUCCCAUCCAACCAAUAAUAGUCAUUAUCAACCAUUCAAAUUCUGUGAAUUACAAUGCUGUGUACUGAACGGAGCAUGAACAAGACUACUCACGUCAAGACUACUUACUUUGUUUGCUGUUAAAACCAUUGAGGACAUGUGCUUUGAGAAUGUACAACCUGAUUAAGCAGUGACAAGUAAUAAUAAUAAUUUAUAUGCAGUGUUGUCAAUGUUUUAGUAAAACAUUUUAAUUUCGGAUUUGAGGUGGAUGUCAGAUGGGAUUUAGGUGACCUAUCCAAGCCAUCUGUUUCUGACAGCAUAGAGUACCUAGACGAACCUGGCCUCUGCAUACUUCUGCUGCCAUGGAAAAUAAUACUUGUUAUUCAGACCAGCCAGCCCCCUGGUACCACCCACUCUCCCCUAAACACACACACAUAGAAACCAGGCAGCACACACAUUGCACACAUGGCUUUGUUAUUUUGAGGUCUUCCGUCACCUGCUGAAAGCCUGCCUCAAAUUACUUCUCCAUCAUCUACUAAUUUGGUAACUUUCCCAGUGAAUAAAAGGGAUAUAUUUGAAACAAUCCUUUCAAAGCUAAUUUAAAACAGUUCUUCACGUUUUUCAUGUUAUCCUCAUGGUAUAAACAAUUUGUGUAUUGUAUCAUUGUUAGUAAGCAUCAGUCAAAGCACAUUAUAGUUCAGCUGUUCCCACAUAAUGAUGAUUCGGCAAACGGAUGGAGGGAGAGUCAGUGGUCCUUGAGGAGUUUUUUUUCUAUUCUGUGAGGGCUUGGAUCCCCUCCCUCCCUAGACUCAGACCGCUCCACUCUGCUCCGCUCCCAGACCGCUCCACUCCCACACCCGCUCUGCUCUGCUCUGCUCCGUUCCAGAAUGCUCCGCUCCCACACCCGCUCUGCUCUGUUCUAGACCGCUCUGCUCCCACAGCCGCUCCACUCCAUUCCAGACCGCUCCGCUCCCACACCCGCUCCACUCCGUUCUAGACCGCUCCGCUUCCACACCCGCUCUGCUCCAUUCCAGACCGCUCCGCUCCCACACCCGCUCUGCUUCUCAUUCUCAUGCUCACAUUGACACUGUGUCCUGGAGCCUGGUGUUGGGGCGCCAGGGACUGCUGGAGCCCGGAGCCUGGGGUGCCAUGGACUGUUGGAGCCUGGUGUUGGGGUGCCAGGGACUGCUGGAGCCUGGUGUUGGGGUGCCAGGGACUGCUUGAGCCUGGUGUUGGGGUGCCAUGGACUGCUGGAGCCUGGUGUUGGGGUGCCAGGCACUGCUGGAGCCUGGUGUUGGGGUGCCAUGGACUGCUGGAGCCUGGUGUUGGGGUGCCAGGGACUGCUGGAGCCUGGUGUUGGGGUGCCAGGGACUGCUGGAGCCUGGUGUUGGGGUGCCAGGGACUGCUGGAGCCUGGUGUUGGGGUGCCAGGGACUGCUGGAGCCUGGUGUUGGGGUGCCAGGGACUGCUGGGGCUGCUGCACAUGUUUGCACUUCUGGGUUGCAUCCCAUAUGGCACCCUAUUCCCAUAUAUAGUGCAGUACUUCUUUACCAGGGCCUCCAUCGCUCUCUGCCUCCCUGCUUCCCUGACUGACCUGCUGGCCAGCUAAAGAAGCCCUGCUCCACUCCUAACGAAGAGUGCCAGCUACCCGGGAUUUGUGUGCUCUGGUUUCAUUAACCCCCAUUUCUUUUCACAACAACGUUCUCUCGUUUCACGUCAGCCCAAUCCUCUGAGUUCACACUGGCUCAGGCACCUAAUGUUUGGUGUAGUGUUCUAACGAGUUAUGUCCCUGUAUCUAGCCAGGCAGCACUGAGGCGGCACAGUCAGUCCACUGAUAUGUCUAUGUCUGACUGUCCAUCUCUCGAACCCAGCUACACCAGAAAUACAUUAGAACCACUCUGGCCCAUCUUCCAUCCAUCUGUAGCUCUGAAUCUCCAGGAAACAGCUUUAGUUGUAAUGAGCUGCUGUCUGUAUGGUGCAGACGGUUGGUCUGCUAACACAUCCUCUCUCUCUGGCUGCUACAGAUGUAGACUCUAACAGAUGUAGACUCUAACAGAUGUAGACUCUAACAGAUGUAGACUAACAGAUGUAGACUAACAGAUGUAGAUUCAAACAGAUGUAGACUAACAGAUGUAGACUCUAACAGAUGUAGACUAACAGAUGUAGACUCUAACAGAUGUAGAUUCAAACAGAUGUAGACUAACAGAUGUAGAUUCAAACAGAUGUAGACUAACAGAUGUAGACUCUAACAGAUGUAGACUAACAGAUGUAGACUAACAGAUGUAGACUAACAGAUGUAGACUCUAACAGAUGUAGACCAACAGAUGUAGACUCCUGCUGGCUCCGCUCCUCUCCUUUUCAUCAGCCAUUAUUAGCUACUGGUAACGACUAGUUUACACUGUUGUUUUUUUACAACGCUUUAUAAGCACAGACCCAUCUGCAAUGACACCCAGGCUCUUAAAACUCUAGUCAAACCCUGGCUGACUCUCUCUUAUGUUCCUUUUCUUCUGAUAGAUGACCUUCGUUUCAGUGUAUUAUGGAAUUGAUGCCCAAAUCCCAUAUAUGUUAUUUUACAGUCACAGCAUCAAUAAACUGAGGGUUGAAUUUGAUCACACUAGCUGGUGAAUAACAAUAUAACAACCUGCACCAAUAAAAUACAUACCGUUCCCUUCAUACUCAACACAGUGGCUGUGAUAGGUACAAAAGUGGUAUAAACAUUCAUAACUUACACAAUGAAUACUGGUGAAAUACACGGUCAACAUCUUCAGGUUUAUAACAACUUUUAAUUAUUGCAUCUUGCAAACCUACUCUUCUUGUUUGACUCAUAUUGAUCCCUAGAUUGAUAUGGAUCCAUAACUAGUAUUUGGUAUUUUAUUAGGAUCCCCAUUACCUACUGCUAAAGAAGCAGCUACUCUUCCUGGGGUCCACACAAAACACAAAACAUGACAUAAUACAGAACAUUAAUAGACAAGUACAUCACAAGGACAGAACAACAUCUAUUUAAAAUAAGUAUACACGCUUUCAUACAUUUAUGCUUUCAAAAUCAUGUGAUUGUCUAUUGUAAAUACAAUAUGGAAUAACUGUCAAUUAUCUUCUGUAAUCUUCAUAAGCACUUCCUAAAGUACUCUUGAGGCUUAAAGAGGAUGGAAACAACAUGUCUUCCCUUAUUACCCAGAAGCUGAACCCAUCGUGGAGCAUCUCUUGGUCUCCGACAUCACCCCAGACAGCUGUAAAGUGGCCUGGUCAGCUGAAGAGGACCUCUUUGAUAGUUUUGUCAUUAUGAUCAAUGAUACUAGCGACAACCUGGCUUCUCCGCAAGAGGUGGUCGUGCCCGGCGAAGAGAGAACAACAGUGCUUACUGAGCUAAUUGACGACACAGAGUAUGAAAUUGAGCUCUAUGGGGUCAUUUCUGGACGGCGCUCAGACUCUAUUUCCGGGGUGGCAAAAACAGGUACAUGGUAUGACAUCACACCAGCAAUGGCGUAGGGCUGCUGGAUAGAUGAUUUUAGGAAUGUGUUCAGCUUCUUUCAAUAUUGUAAACUGUAUUUUCUCUUUCUCAAUGUUGUCAAUUUGUAGUCCUACAAUAACAGCAUGAAAAUAGGGUCAAAAUGGGUAAAUGUUUUAACAAUUAUCUAAUUUCUUUAUAGUUGCAGUCGUUUUUGUUUACUAACCUGAUAACAUUGUGUCAUAAUAUUUGUUCAAGGCAGCAAUCUGGUAGAAUUAUAACUAACUUUGCAAAUGAAAGUUAUUAAGCCUAUUUAAUGGAGUCCUUAAGUUGUGAAUGUUUAAUUUAAACCUACUUGGGCUGCCUUGUGUGUCUUGUGCCUAAACUGUGUGAUGGGUCUCAUGGUGUUUUUUCUCAUCCUGGUCGUGUCUGUUCAGUGUUCACUGUCCUGUCAUUGUCUCGUCUGUCAGCACUCCUGAGUGGUUCCAGUGGAAUCAUCCAGCAGCCCUCUCCUCUAAAGCCAGCCCCAGUAUAUGUGAACCAACACACUGUCUGUCUGUCUCACUGUCUGUCUGACAGUGUAAACAGUACAUUCAGCCUCUGAUGGCCUCCCAUUCAUGGAUAUCCAGAGAACUGCUCAGGAGAUUUAUUCAACUCUUCACUUGCUCAGUUUUUUUGUCUCUAUCUGUCAAGUUGUCUCCAAUCUUGUCUUUGACUGUCCAGCCCCAAUGGGGUUUGUCUAAUUGUCUUUAAACCGUAAAGGGAAAGUUGUCUGUCUGUGUGUUGAGUGUCUGAAUGGGUGUCUCUCUCUCUCACUCUGGCCGUCCCCUGCUUUCUCUGGGGGUAUGGCUUCACUCUCGGGUCCGAUGGCCCUGGUGCAUGUUUCACUUUUGUGUGUCUGUAAUGGGGGCAAGUUAAUCUUCCUGUGUCGUGUCUGUCAAGCAAGAUGCUGUGGCUCAGCGCUGAUGACAGGCGCUGGGAGCCCUGGCUUCUUUGUCUUUGUCUGUCUCUCUUUCUCUACUUUAACUGGUGGUUCUCAAUGGUGUAUCUGACACACUAAAAUAAUACAAUAAUGUGUAUUUUCUGGGUAAUUAAGGCAUUAAAUAAAAUCUCUAUGGACGUUUUUAGGAAUGGGAUCUUUAGGAAUGCUUUAGGGGUGUGUUUUCCUUUGUUUUGUAAUUUAUUUGUAACCAGUAAUAUUUUAUGUAGAGAUGUAAUGAGGCAUUAUUUGAUGUCCUAUGAUCUGGAGCCAGUUCCACAAAGCAUCUCAGAGUAGAAGUGCUGAUUUAGGAUCUGUCCAUAUGAUCUAAUUCAUUAUUAUCUAAAAGGCAAAACUGAUCUCCUACUCUGAGACACUUUGUGGUUUCCAUUCCUCUUCACUUAAAAACCUGCCCCCUAAGUCACUGGCUAACUAUCUACCUGUGUUCUGUUUGUUUGUUGUCCUCUGUAUCCGUAUGUUCUCCAGGGCUGGGCACACCCAAGGGCAUCCGUUUCUCUGAUGUCACUGAUACCUCUGCCAUUGUACACUGGACAAUGCCCAGAGCUCGAGUGGACAGGUACCAUGUCACCUAUGUCCCUGCUCAGGGAGGUGAGUCCCUACAGACAUACAUACCUAUACCAUACAUAUAGCUUCACUACAUGGCCAAAAGUAUGAGGACACCUGCUUGUCGAACAUCUCAUUCCAAAAUCAUGGGCAUUAACAUGGAGUUGGUCCCCCCUUUGCUGCUAUAACAGCCUCCACUCUUCUGGGAAGGCUUUUCACUAGAUGUUGGAACAUUGCUGCGGGGACAUUAGUGAGGUUGGGCACUGAUGUUGGGUGAUUAAGCCUGGCUCGCAGUCGGCGUUCCAAUUAAUCCCAAAGGUGUUCGAUGGGGUUGAGGUCAGGGCUCUGUGCAGGCCAGUCAAGUUCUUCCACACCGAUCUCGACAAACCAUUUCUGUAUGGACCUCGCUUUGUGCAUGGGGGCAUUGUCAUGCUGAAACAGGAAAGUGCCCUCCCCAAACUGUUGGUAUAAGCUGGAAGUAGAGGCCUAAGCAUUGGGUGGCGGGGUUGGAAAGUAAUAAAGGGAAAUAUAUAUAUACAGUGAUCCCUCGCCACUUCGCGGUUCACUUAUCGCGGAUUCGCUAUUUCGCGGAUUUUCAUAAUGCAUUUUUUUUUUUUUUGGUGCAUUGUGCUCUGCAUUCUGAUUCGCUAAAAACUCACUCCCGCUUCUUGUAUCAAAACAUGCUACGAAUUGUGCUAUCAUUUUGUCGUCUCGUGCAGUUAUGUGUACGUACAUAAAACAGCUUGGCAAAUUUACAUUAAGUUGGCCAAAUUAUCUUGUAAUUUCGAACAUCUCCUAAACCCAUAAUGUCGACGAAACGGCCUGGACCGACAAAAGCACCUGCGGAUGGGCCCAAACGGCGGAAGAUGCUACCUAUCUCAGAUAAAGUUAAACUUCUGGACAUGCUAAGGGAAGGUAAAAGCUAUGCAGCCGUUGCUCGCCAUUACGGAAUCAAUGAAUCUUCCGUUCGUUACAUAAAGAAGGAGGAAAAAAAACAUAAGGACGACAGCAGCAGUCAAUGAGGAGGAAGGACUAACGCUUGGUCGCUUAGCAACCAUGGUGCGAAUGGCCACUGAACUUAAGCGAGUAGCUGAGGAAUGGGACCCUUUGAUGAGCCGUUCAUUACAGUUCUCCAACGUAAUCGAUGGUGGCAUGUCGGUGUACAAGGAUCUUUUUGCAAAGAAGAAAAAAGAGCGACAACAGCUGCCUAUCACUAUGUUCUUCUCCCGAACAAACACACCUGCACCGCGGGCUUCAGAAGAAGAGAACACUGCAGAGCGCAGUCAGGAUGCAGCGGCCCAGUCUGAAGAGCAGUGAAACGGCCUACACGUGAGUCACUGUAUUUGUAUACAUGUAAUAGUUGCUAAUUGUAAAAAAAAAAGUUUUCUAUUUCGCGGAUUUCACUUAUCGCGGGUCAUUUUCGGAACGUAACCCCCGCGAUAAACGAGGGAUUACUGUAUAUAUAUAUAUAUAUAUAUAAAAUAUGGGGGAUUGGAAGUGAUGCAGGCAAUUACAUUGAUGGAACUUACAAUCUAUCUGCAAAAUUAAGCUGAUCUACCCCCCCCCCCCCACACCCCCCCCCCCCCAUAAAAAAAAGAAGAAACUGUUGCCACAAAGUUGGAAGCACAGAAUCGUCUAGAAUAUAAUUGUAUGCUGUAGCGUUAAGAUUUCCCUUCACUGGAACUAAGGGGCCUAGCCCCAACCAUGAAAAACAGCCACAGACUAUUAUUCUUCCUCCACCAAACUUUACAGUUGGUACUAUGCAUUGGGGCAGGUAGCAUUCUCCUGGCAUCCUCCAAACCCAGAUUCGUCCGUCGGACUGCCAGAUGGUGAAGCGUGAUUCAUCACUCCAAAGAACAUGUUUCCACUGCUCCAGAGUCCAAUGGCGUUGAGCUUUACACCACUCCAGCCGACGCUUGGCAUUGCGCAUGGUGAUCUUGGUCUUGUGUGUGGCUGCUCGGACAUGGAAACCCAUUCCAUGAAGCUCCCGACGAACAGUUAUUGUGUUGACGUUGCUUCCAGAGGCAGUUUGGAACUCGGUAGUGAGUGUUGCAACCGAGGACAGAUUAUUUUUAUGCGCUAUGCGCUUCAGCACUCGGUGGUCCUGUUCUGUGAGCUUGUGUGGCCUACCACUUCGCAGCUGAGCCGUUGUUGCUCCUAGACGUUUCCACUUCACAAUAACAGCACUUACGUUGACCGGAAAGGUCUAGCAGGGCAGAAAUUUGACGAACUAACUUGUUGGAAAGGUGUCAUCCUAUGACGGUGCCACGUUGAAAGUCACUGAGCUCUUCAGUACGGGCCAUUCUGCUGCCAAUGUUUGUCUAUGAAGAUUGCACGGCUGUGUGCUCGAUUUUAUACACCUGUCAGCAACUGGUGUGGCUGAAAUAGCCGAAUCCACUAAUUUGACCAUGUAGUGUAUAUCUAUGCUGUAUAUAUCUAUACUGUACAUACAGAUAUACCUAUACUAUACACUAAGUGUACAAAACAUUAGUAUUGAGUUGCACCCCCUUUUGCCCUCAGAACAUCUUCAAUUAGUUGGGGCAUGGACUCUACAAGGUGUCGAAAGCGUUCCACACGGAUGCUGGGCCAUGUUGACUCCGAAGCUUCCCUCAGUUGUGUCAAGUUGGCUGGAAGUCCUUUGGGUGGUGGACCAUUCUUGAUACACACGGGAAACUGUUGAGUGUGAAAAACCCAGCAGCGUUGCAGUUCUUGACACAAACCGGUGUGCCUGGCACCUACUACCAUACCCUGUUAAAUGGCACUUAAAUAUGUUGUCUUACCCAUUCACCAUCUGAAUGGCACACAUAAAGAAUCCAUGUCUCAAUUGUCUCAAGGCUUAAACAUCCUUUAACCUGUCUCCUCUCGUUCAUCUACACUGAUUGAAGUGGAUUUAACAAGUGACAUCAAUAAGGGAGCAUAGCUUUCAUUUGGAUUUACCUGGUCAAUCUGUCAUGGAAAGAGCAGGUGUUUAUAAUGUUUUGUAUACUCAGUGUAUAUACUAUACUAUACUAUACUAUACUAUACUAUACUAUACUAUACUAUACUAUACUAUACUAUACUAUACUAUACUAUCCUAUCCUAUACUAUACUAUACAAUGGAUGCAAACCAGAGGAAAAGCAUUUACAUGUGGGGUGUGGUCACAUUGAAAUUAUUUUAUCAAUAAAUAAACAAGGUAUGUUUUUGGAGUCUCUGUAGAGAGAACAGAUCUAUCCUGUGGAAUUCUAUGUUAGUCUUCAUCUGCCAUCUAGUGGCUGUUCUGUCUCUGUGAGCCGAUGUGGCAGUUUGAAAUGCAGGGAGACGCAACAUAACUUUGACGUGAACUGCUUCAUUACUGGUUCACUAUUUCACUGGUUCACUACUUGAUGAUAAAACAUAUUAUUUGUGAUAUGGAUUGAAUAAAUAAUAGCCAAUACAGAAUCGGACAUCUGACCCAAACAGGUCCUAUAAUUCAUUAUUGAUUCUAUAUAAUUCUAUGUAAUUUGAUGGUAUAAUAAUAAAUAUAAUAUGCCAUUUAGCAGACGCUUUUUAUCCAAAGCGACUUACAUUCAUGCGUGCAUACAUUUUUUUUUUUUGUGUAUGGGUGGUCCCGGGGAUCGAACCCACUACCUUGGCGUUACAAGCGCCGUGCUCUACCAGCUGAGCUACAGAGGACCACAUAGUCUGAAUGACCUUGUCCAUUUCUUCAUGUGUUUGUGUGCAGGUGCUCCUAAGACUGUGACAGUGGGUGGAACUGAGUCUCAGAAGGUGCUGCCCAAACUGACCCCUGGAGUGACCUACCAGGUGAAUGUCAUCUCUGUGAAGGGACAGAAGGAGAGUGAGCCAGGCUCCAGCAGCGUCACCACAGGUGAGGGUCACACAUGUUCACAACACAAGGUGUGCAUCCCAACUGGCACCCUAUUCCCUAUAUAGUGCACUAUUUUUGACCAGAGCCUUAUAGGCCCUGGUCAAAAGUAGUGCACUAUAAAGGGAAUAGGGUGCCAUUUGGGACACAUUUUUGGAGUAUGGUAACUAGAGCCUACAUACACAUACAACAUCAAAACAAUAAUAGCUUUUCUUUAUAUGCCCUGCCAAAAGGAUUUGAUACAUUCAAUAUAACUAAACAAAGCGUCAAACGUUGAUGGUGACAACCAAGUUGGUAAACGGUCUUUAAAGGCUGAGCAUGAAGCCCAUUGUGAAAGCUGUUAGUGUGUACAGAUGGAGAAUGGCUGGGGGUGGAUAGGUCUCCUGUUUCCUUACAAUAGAAGACAAUGGCUCUGUCCUUGGGGAGGUGUUUGAUGUGGCUCUGCUCAGAGUAACCACAUUUUGUGUGUGUGUGUGUGUGUGUGUGUGUGUGUGUGUGUGUGUGUGUGUGUGUUUGUGUGUGCGUGUGUGUGCGUGUGUGUUCUAUGUGACAGCUUUGGACAAGCCCCGUGGCCUGACUGUAGUCAACAUCACUGACACAGAGGCUCUGCUCCACUGGCAGCCUUCCGUCGCCACUGUAGAUGGAUAUGUCAUCACCUACAGCGCAGACACUGGUAGGGUAUCGCACGCGCACACACGCCAUCUGGAUGUACUGUACUGUAUAUUACCAGGGGUUAUGGGAGAAAAGGCCUCCCAUUGUGUGUGUUGCAUGUUCCUUCAUUGUUUUCAUUUAAUAUCCUUACGGACAGAUGCUGAUCUGGUCCUUACUGUCUCUAUCUGUCCCUGUCCCUGUCCCUGUCCCUGUCCCUGUCCCUGUCCCUGUCCCUGUCCCUGUCCCUGUCCCUGUCCCUGUCCCUGUCUCUGUCCCUGUCCCUGUCUCUGUCCCUGUCCUUGUCUCUGUACCUGUCCUGGUCUGUCUCUGUCCCUGUCCCUGUCCCUGUCCCUGUCCCUGUCCUGGUCUGUCUCUGUCUCUGUCCCUGUCUCUGUCCCUGUCCCUGUCCUUGUCUCUGUCCCUGUCCCUGUCCCUGUCCCUGUUCUUGUCUCUGUCCCUGUCCUGGUCUGUCUCUGUCUCUGUCUCUGUCUCUGUCUCUGUCCCUGUCCCUGUCCCUGUCCCUGUCCCUGUCCCUGUCCUUGUCCCUGUCCCUGUCCCUGUCCCUGUCCCUGUCCCUGUCCCUGUCCCUGUCCCUGUCCCUGUCCUUGUCCUGGUCUGUCUCUGUCUCUGUCUCUGUCUCUGUCUCUGUCUCUGUCCCCGUCCCCGUCCCCGUCCCCGUCCCCGUCCCGUCCCUGUCUCUGUCUCCGUCUCCGUCUCCGUCUCCAUCUCCAUCUCCAUCUCUGUCUCUGUCUCUCUCCUCACUGUUUCUGUGUGUUCUGUGUGUGCAGUAGUCCCAGUGAUGGAGAGAGUGUCUGGAAACAUUGUGGAGUUUGAGAUGACCUCCUUGACGCCUGCCACCCACUACACUGUCAAGGUCUACGCCAUGAGAGCGACUGCUAAGAGCACCACCACCACAACUGAGUUCACCACUGGUGGGUAUAUGGCCUAGAGGGCCUAGACCUAAAACAUUCCCUCCCACACACACACACAUUCAAACUCUCACAGCAGCUUUGAUUAGUGCCUAUGAUUUCAUUGAGAAACUGCUAUGAAGCUGUAUGCUCAUUCAAAACAUCAAUAUCAAUUGUGGAUCAACAACAGAACAGAUAACAUUCUAACCAAACAGGCAGACAUUCACACAAAACACUACUCUCUACACCCUCUCCCUCCUGCAGUUGCAGUAUUUACUGGCCCACUAAACCUACAGGUUACAUAACUGGGUCUCAAGCUGUUUUUUUUGUGGUUCAAAUGUACCUUUUUUACCCCGUACACUUUCAAACAGACAACCUGAACCUGGAAACAGACGGUCUAAAGAAGACGAAGUACUCUGUCUGAACUGGGUUUUAUACCCUUCCACUGUGUUCUCUCCCCUAGAUGUGGAUGCCCCUCAGGAACUGGCAGCCAGUAACAUCCAGACAGAGAACGCCAUGUUGACCUGGAAGGCCCCACACGCUGACAUCACCGGCUACAUCCUCAGCUUUGAGUCAGCUGACGGCACAAUCCGGGUCGGUGGUUGUCUGCAUGGUGGAACCAUAGAAUUAAAAUGAUUCUAAUUAUAUGGGUGGAGUGGAACAACCUUGCAUUUCUUCCUUUGUCAGAUAGACUAUUGUUUUGUCCAAGAGGGCAUGAUGAUGCAUAAUUGGGGUGUAUAAGAAAAUGCAUUUAUUUUCAUGUAAUAUUGAUAAUACAUCUUUGGGAUCUAGAAAAGCAUUAUAUGAAUCCAAUGUACUAUUAUAUGCGUCCCAAAUGGCAUCCUAUUCCCUAUGUAGUGCACUAUUAUGUAUGAAUAAUUGUGUAUCUCUGACAUUCUGACUGCUGGGUUGCAAUGUUCCUCCAGGAGGUUGUCCUGAGCCCCACAGCCACCUCCUACAACAUGGCCCAGCUGAGUGCCUCCACUGACUACUCCGUCAGACUGCUGGCCAUCGCAGGGCCCAAGAGGAGCAAAGUCAUCACCACCGUCUUCACCACCAGUGAGUGUGUUCCCACAGUGAUGUCGGUAGUCUGCCGACUCCGGACCGAACAUACCCACUGGCAAUAGGGUUAGGAAUCCGGCCUCGGACCCUACUCUCUGUUUCCCUCUGGAUCUGCCCCCCUACACACACACUCUCUACCUUCCGAUUGGCAAUGUUCCUAAAUGAUAAAAUACAAAAAUAUAUAUUAGAAAAAACCUGUUACCAUAGUGACCCUCUCUCUGUUCACCACCCACUGUGGCAAUCUCUAUGCCUUCUUUAUUCAUCUUAAGCUUAGAGUUUGUUGGACAGCUGGAGCGGUUUAGCAACUCAUCUUCUGUUUGUGUGUGUGUGUGUGUGUGUGUGUGUGUGUGUGUGUGUGUAGUUGGCGUGCUGUACAAACACCCCAGGGACUGCUCCCAGGCCUUGCUGAAUGGAGACACAUCCUCUGGUGUCUACACCAUCUACCUGGGUGGAGAUGAGAGUCAGCCCACCCAGGUCUACUGUGACAUGGAAACAGAUGGAGGUGGAUGGACUGUAAGUCACUGGCUACUAGUAUACUGUACAACCUAACUUCAAACCUCAUUGAUUCAGAUCAGAGGUGGCUGGUGAAGGGAGGACAGCUCCCAGUAAUGGCUGGAAUGUAAUGAAAUGAACGGAUUCAAACACAUGCAUGGUUUUCAUUGAACCCGUCAGCCGAUUUAAAGUGACACCAGGCACCACUGAUUCAGAUGAUAUUUAUUGCAGUGUAAUGGAUCUUAGUCCAUAGGGUUAUAUAAUGAGUGAUCUGGUGUUGUUUGUCCCCAUCAUCCAGGUGUUUGUCAGACGCCAGAGCGGUAAACUGGAGUUCUUCCGCAACUGGAGGAACUACACUGCUGGCUUCGGUGACAUGAACGAUGAAUUCUGGCUCGGUAUGCUCAUAAUAUGGAAAAUAUUAUAUAUCAACACAUUGAUUUAUUUAUUUGAAUCCAUUUAAGGUAUAUGAAUACGAGUACUGUAUUUGAAUAAACUGUAAUAAUUUCCCCUAUCAUUUGGUAGAUAUCAUUACAAAAAAGUCCUCUGAAAUUAUUGUAAAUCCCACCUGUCAUAUUUUCCCCCAGGCCUGUCGAACCUCCAUAAGAUCACUGUAGCAGGACAGUACGAGCUUCGUGUGGACCUCAGAGACAAGGGGGAUGAAGCCUACGCCCAGUAUGACAAGUUCUCCAUCUCUGAUCCCCGCAGUCGCUACAAGGUCCACGUUGGAGGGUACAGUGGUACCGCAGGUAAGACUUGCUUCUCUGCAACCAUUAGAUACCUAAUACAAAGUCCAAUGUGUGUAAAAAAUGGCACCCUAUUCCCUUUAUGGUGCACUACAAGGGGGGGCUCUAGACAAAAGGGUGCCAUUUGGGGGACACACCAAAAGUUAGAAUAAAUCAAAGUAAUAAAGUACUGUAUAUUGAUAUUAGGUGUGUGAGGGUGAAGCAAGCAUGUAUUCAACCUAAGCCUCCUUUCUGAAGUCGGUUAAAUUUGGUUCCUGCUUUGUUCUCUCUCUGCUGCCCUCUGUAGGUGAUUCUAUGACCUACCACCACGGUCGCCCGUUCUCAACCUACGACCAUGACAAUGACAUCGCCGUCACCAACUGUGCCCUGUCCUACAAGGGUGCCUUCUGGUAUAAGAACUGCCAUCGCGUCAACCUUAUGGGACGAUAUGGAGAUGACAGUCACAGCAAGGUGAGAGCACACAUACUUGAAGAUACAAUACUAGCAGCAAUUUCUAUAUCCGUAUUUCAAAAAAUACUGCUGUAGUGCAGUAUCAAACGUGUUGACUUUGUCAUGAUAAGGGAGGAAAUUCAAGGCAUUUGGGUUAAUAAUACAAACCCCUCGCUACUAAUAUUACUCUGUGUUCAUCAGGGAGUCAACUGGUUCCAUUGGAAAGGACAUGAGCACUCCAUUGAGUUUGCCGAGAUGAAGAUUAGGCCAUCCAACUUCAGAAACUUUGAGGGAAGGAGGAAACGAUCG